AUGGAGGUCUUCAGACAAAGAGCCUUAUUAGAGUCGCAGAAGAUGGCAACACAAACGGAGGGUGUUCGGAAAAAGAUAAAGAUGGAUGAUAUGGUGAUUAAAGGGCAUAUCAAACUAACUGAAGGUGUAAGACAACCUAAGACUUCAAGAGAUGAUCAAUCUCCUAAGAGCUCUGCAUCAUCAUCAUCAUCAUCAUCAUCAUCAUAUAUGAUGAAAAUUAAGAUGGGAAAUUACAAAAACUCGAUACAAAGAUCAGAAAACACUAAAACGAUGGAAAGUAAUCAACUCAAGAAGAAGAUGGUGAUGAAUCCGAAACAAAACACAGAAGAGAGUACAAAUUUUGGUAGUAUGAAGAAGAAGAAUAAGGUAUGGGACUGCGAAAGCACACUCUACGACUCAUUCGAGCUAAACUCGUUCAAUCGCCAACUCGAUUCAGCCAUCUCCUCCGCAGCUAGAUCAAUGUCCAUGCCACACCUCUCUCAUACUCCUCCACCAACGUCAGAAACGUCGACGUGGUUUUUGACCAAGAAACAACAAUCACCGAACAAGAUCUCACGGUCUCUAGGAAAACUCAUCAAGUCAAUGUUCGGACAUAAACAGUCAAACACAACGUUCAAGGCAAGUCACGGCCGCGGCGUAGAUAUGGACAAAUAUUACGUAGUUUUCGACAAGACGGGGUCGCUCACGACAAUUCCAGAGUCUGGAGAGUCAACAGAGAUGGUUGGCUCAGAGACUAACUCGCUUGUUAGGAAAACAACGUCCGAGCGAUUCCCGCGGACUCGGCUCGUUGGUAUAUCAUGUUAUUAAUUAUAUUUUCAUUUAAUGUUAUACCAUACUAUUAGUAUAUGGAGGUAUUAUUAUGAAUAGUAAGAUAUAUAGCCUCUAAAUAAAACACUAUUAUUGCUUUCAUACAACUACUACUAAAUGUAUUAUGGUACUAGUUUUUUUUUGU